AUGUGCGAUGAAGACUUUACCCCUGCCGGUGCCGAUGUUGUCAUGAGCGACGAGGGUCGUCAAGAACGUUUGGAGUUCCGCGCCCGAGUCAUCCUCGAGACCGCAAUGAAGUGGUUUCCGAAACCAGCCCUGGUGCUCACCAACGUCACCAUGCUUCAGUUCCAGACGAGAGCUCAAGCCUUUGCUGCCGCGUGCGACUUUCUUGCCGACAACCCUGUUGCUCUUGACGAAGUUGUUCAUGACCGGGAAGUCGAUGCCGCUGGUUACGAAGAGGAAGAAGAAUGGGAAGGUUGUUCUACAGCUACCUGA